UCAUGAAGCGAGACUGUUUUGUAAAUGUAGCGCACAAUUUUCCUUUGGCGUUUGAGAAAUUCAUAUGUAGUCUUUCAUGAUUUGUUGGUUUUUGAAGUAUCCCAGAGAGAUGCCUUUUGUGUACUCUAUGCAUCCAUAUAGUUUAUCUCAAUGACCAUUAUCUCAUAGAUUAUGAAGGUCCUUAAGAGGGCUUGUAAAUGGUUUUGGUAAGGAAUUCAUUAUUGUGGAUUGUUAAAGGGUAUUUGAAGAGCCAAGUUACUAAUCUACUCCAGAUCCAGAAUAUUUAGGCUUUCAGCAAAGUUAUUCAAAUUCCUAGGAGUUAUUAAUUUCCUUUCUUAAGAGACUUGAUAGAACUUCAUUAAAAAAUUUAGACAGAGUAGAAUUUAGACAUCAAAAAAUUAAUGUGGCGUACCUCACUUUUCAUACAAAAGACAUACACCUCUGUCGAUCGCUAUUCUCAAAGACACACAUACGGCUCAUCAGACAAUCGGGCUCAUGUGCAACCAUGACCAUUUCGGCAGACCACGUUAUUCGUUUCAGUACCAGCCGAUGGAGUCAAGGGAAAAACUUGGGGUCCGAGCACCUGCCACCAGAGAGAGCGGGGCCAGAUAAUGCUUCGGCCUGCCGCUAACCGGAGUGCCAUCUGGUCGAAAAGCGCGCCUAACCUGGACAAACCGAGGAUCGUCCCGAACAGACAGGCGCACGAAAUAGAUUAUUCACCGCCUGAAGAUUGGGGACCCGAAUAUCCCAUUCCUGGAACGAUUAGACCUAAUGUGCCGAUACCAACAUUGUAUAGUGCAGAUGGACAACGAAUGAAACCAAAGUUCAGCAUAGUGGAAUUAGUAUUGUAUAAUAUAGCUGCCAUGUUAGCAGGCGUUGCCUCUGGAUAUGACGUUAGGUUAUCUAAUGUUUCGCCUUUACACCCAAGACUGCAACCAAAUAGAUUAGAAGUAAAUGAACUGCCAGCUUGGCGUCCCGUAGAAAAUCAAGACUACGAGUAUUCCACAACGUCAGGUUAUAAUCACAACACAUACCACGGCCCGACCAAACAUUGUCGCCCCAUGCUGACGGGGUCGCAACUACUCAACGUACAAAAUGAAGAAAUGAAACCUCUGCGGUUCACCGACUCCCCUCAACAUCACCCUCACUAUGAAAUGGAUGAAUAUAAAUUAUUUUCAUCUGUCAAGGUCUGA